AUGAAUGAAAGUAAUGAAACAACUGGAGUGGAUUUUGUUCUCCUGGGACUCUUCCCCGGCAUGAAACACGCUGACGUCCUCAUUGGUGUCAUCAUCCUCGUCUAUGUCGCUGCCCUCACGGGGAAUUCCACCCUGAUUCUCCUCAUCCUGGUGGAUUCCCGGCUCCACACGCCCAUGUACUUCCUGCUCAGACAGCUGUCCCUCAUCGACUUGCUCCUCAUCUCCACCAUUGUCCCCAAGAUGGCCACUGACUUUCUCUCAGGGAAGAAAAGCAUCUCAAACGCAGCCUGUGGGACACAGAUGUUUUUCUAUCAGAUGCUGGGGGCAGCCGAGAGCAUUCUCCUCACUCUCAUGUGCUGUGACCGCUCUGUGGCCGUCUGCCGCCCACUGAGAUACCCAGUCAUCAUGAACCAGAGGGUCUGCCUGGUGAUGGUCAUGGGGUCCUGGGCUGGGGGAGCCCUAGAUGCUCUAGUCCAGACUGCAUACACCAUGCACUUACCCAAGUGUGGCCCCAAGGAGAUAGAACAUUUCUUCUGUGAAGUCAUGGCCAUCCUGAGUUCCUCCUGUGAGGAUACUUCUGCAAACAAGUCAACAUUACUUGUGGCAGGCACCGUGCUACUCCUUAUUCCUCUCAUCAUCAUCUUUUCCUCCUACUCCCUCAUCUUCUUCACUGUCCUCCGCAUGAAUUCCCCCAAGGGGAGGAACAAAGCGCUGGCCACCUGCUCCUCCCACCUGAUGGUCGUGGGGCUCUUUUAUGGCCCGGCCAUCUUCACCUACAUGACUCCUGGCUCCUCACACAGCCCCGAUCGGGACAAGGCUGUGUCAGUGUUCUUUUCAAUCAUCACCCCUACAUUGAACCCCUUUAUUUAUAGCCUUAGGAACAAGGAUGUUUUGGGAGCAUUGAGGAAGAUAUGGGAAAGGUGUCUGUUCUCAAAUUGA